CUGACGCCAGUGCGAGGAGACCAGAGACAGGCAGCGGUAUAGUAUGGGAGCGUUGAGAGCGAGCUUGAUAGCUGUUUAUAAGGUGUACUGUUCAGAAGUUCUGUCCUGAAGCUUUGAAGACUACCCAGCCAUCUCAGUGGCACCUAAAAAAAUACAACAGCAGCUUUUAACCUCCAACUUUUUCCCUCACCAAGUGGACUAUCUCUCCAUUGUAAAACCCAACCCCGCACACUCACGUGUAGCGUCCCGACAACGGCACGGUCGCAAGAGGCGACAAACACGAACGUCACCAUGAACGUCACCUCCCUGUUCUCCUUCACCAGUCCGGCCGUCAAGCGCCUCCUCGGCUGGAAACAAGGAGACGAAGAGGAAAAAUGGGCGGAGAAAGCCGUGGACGCGCUGGUGAAGAAACUGAAGAAGAAGAAGGGAGCAAUGGAGGAGUUGGAGAGGGCUCUGAGCUGCCCGGGUCAGCCCAGUAACUGUGUCACCAUCCCUCGCUCCCUGGAUGGAAGACUCCAGGUGUCCCACAGGAAGGGCUUACCCCAUGUUAUCUACUGUAGGGUGUGGAGGUGGCCUGACCUGCAGUCUCAUCAUGAGCUCAAGGCUCUGGAGUGCUGUGAGUACCCGUUUGGCUCCAAGCAGAAGGAUGUCUGCAUCAACCCGUACCACUACAAGAGAGUGGAUAGUCCAGUGCUGCCCCCGGUUUUGGUCCCGCGGAAUAGCGAGUUCAAUGCCAAACACAGCAUGCUACCACGCUUCCGCAACCCUUUGCAUCAGAACGAGCCCCACAUGCCCCAGAACGCCACCUUCCCAGAGUCCUUCUCCCAGGCGAACACCCAGAUGAACUUCCCCCAGACACAGACACACUCCCCUGGGGGGAACAGCUACCCCGGCUCCCCCGGUAGUGGCAGCAGUGCAACCUUCCCCCACUCCCCCACCAGCUCUGACCCAGGCAGCCCAUUUCAGAUGCCAGGUGAGCCGCCAGGUCAGAUGCCAGAGACCCCCCCUCCAGCCUACUUGCCCCCAGAGGAGCGGAUGACUCAGGACUGCCCUCAGCCCAUGGACACCAACCUGAUGGUCCCCGCGUUGCCCCUGGAGAUCAGCAACAGGCCAGAUGUUCAGCCGGUGGCCUACGAGGAACCUAAACACUGGUGCUCUAUAGUGUACUACGAGUUGAACAACCGGGUGGGCGAGGCGUUCCAGGCCAACUCUACCAGCGUCCUGGUUGACGGCUUCACCGACCCGUCCAACAACCGCAACCGUUUCUGCCUGGGCCUCCUCUCCAACGUCAACCGCAACUCAACCAUAGAGAACACCCGGCGACACAUUGGCAAAGGAGUCCACCUGUACUAUGUGGGUGGUGAAGUGUAUGCUGAAUGUCUGAGUGACAGCAGCAUCUUCGUCCAGAGUCGGAACUGUAACUACCACCAUGGCUUCCACCCCACCACCGUCUGUAAGAUCCCCAGCGGCUGCAGCCUCAAGAUCUUUAACAACCAGGAGUUUGCUGAGCUGCUGGCCCAGUCCGUCAACCACGGGUUUGAGGCUGUCUACGAGCUGACCAAGAUGUGCACCAUCCGCAUGAGCUUCGUCAAGGGCUGGGGUGCAGAGUACCACCGCCAGGACGUGACCAGCACCCCCUGCUGGAUUGAGAUCCACCUGCACGGUCCUCUGCAGUGGCUGGACAAGGUGCUAACCCAGAUGGGCUCCCCCCACAACCCCAUCUCCUCCGUGUCCUAGACAAAACUUUCCCCAGGCCCCAGGGCUGUCCAAACCCAGCAUUUAGGUUCCAGUGGAGGGGUGGGAUAGGUGGGUUUCAGGGUGGGGGACAAUUCUAAUUGAAAUCAGUCAAUUCAGGAAGUAAACUGGAAUUUCAAGAGAAUCUAAAUUAAAAUUGGAAAUUCAGUUUAUUUACUGUAUUGACUGAAUUGAAAUGGAAUUGACCCCAACGCUGGUGGUUUGUACUUGAGGGAUUAUGUCUGAAAUUGAUAGAAGCAUCUGGAAGAUACUUGAUCUUUGUGACCAACUGUAAUAAUUAUCAAUCAGACUCGAAUCAUUAUAAACUAAUCAUCAAUUCAGCAUUGCGCAAAGUAUCCUCCUCAUAUGUGGCCCAUAUUCAGAAAGAGUCUGAACGAGGAUCAGUUUGGCCUUUUAGAUCAUAAUGUAUAAAUGUAUAUGGACUGGGGGGACCUGAACAUAGAUCAGCACUCUAAUACGUGAAUAUGGGUCCCUGAUCUUGUUCUGGCAGUUUUUCCCUCUUUCUUUCCCCUUCCCCUGUUUUUUGGGUUAACAUUGGAAACCCAUAAAGCCAGUUUCAUGUGUUGCUACAACGAAAAAUGUGUACAGAAUUGGAAGGAUUGGAAGACAACCAAUAUGGAUGAAAAAAAUGAAGAAAUAUUAUGUUUCUUAUGAACAUACAGUGCCUUGCGAAAGUAUUCGGCCCCCUUGAACUUUGCGACCGUUUGCCACAUUUCAGGCUUCAAACAUAAAGAUAUAAAACUGUAUUUUUUUGUGAGGAAUCAACAACAAGUGGGACACAAUCAUGAAGUGGAACGACAUUUAUUGGAUAUUUCAAACUUUUUUAACAAAUCAAAAACUGAAAAAUUGGGCGUGCAAAAUUAUUCAGCCCCUUCACUUUCAGUGCAGCAAACUCUCUCCAGAAGUUCAGUGAGGAUCUCUGAAUGAUCCAAUGUUGACCUAAAUGACUAAUGAUGAUAAAUACAAUCCACCUGUGUGUAAUCAAGUCUCCGUAUAAAUGCACCUGCACUGUGAUAGUCUCAGAGGUCUGUUAAAAGCGCAGAGAGCAUCAUGAAGAACAAGGGACACACCAGGCAGGUCCGAGAUACUGUUGUGAAGAAGUUUAAAGCCGGAUUUGGAUACAAAAAGAUUUCCCAAGCUUUAAACAUCCCAAGGAACACUGUGCAAGCGAUAAUAUUGAAUUGGAAGGAGUAUCAGACCACUGCAAAUCUACCAAGACCUGGCCGUGCCUCUAAACUUUCAGCUCAUACAAGGAGAAGACUGAUCAGAGAUGCAGCCAAGAGGCCCAUGGAUGAACUGCAGAGAUCUACAGCUGAGGUGGGAGACUCUGUCCAUAGGACAACAAUCAGUCGUAUAUUGCACAAAUCUGGCCUUUAUGGAAGAGUGGCAAGAAGAAAGCCAUUUCUUAAAGAUAUCCAUAAAAGGUGUUGUUUAAAGUUUGCCACAAGCCACCUGGGAGACACACCAAACAUGUGGAAGAAGGUGCUCUGGUCAGAUGAAACCAAAAUUGAACUUUUUGGCAACAAUGCAAAACGUUAUGUUUGGCGUAAAAGCAACACAGCUCAUCACCGUGAACACACCAUCCCCACUGUCAAACAUGGUGGUGGCAGCAUCAUGGUUUGGGCCUGCUUUUCUUCAGCAGGGACAGGGAAGAUGGUUAAAAUUGAUGGGAAGAUGGAUGGAGCCAAAUACAGGACCAUUCUGGAAGAGAACCUGAUGGAGUCUGCAAAAGACCUGAGACUGGGACGGAGAUUUGUCUUCCAACAAGACAAUGAUCCAAAACAUAAAGUAAAAUCUACAAUGGAAUGGUUCAAAAAUAAACAUAUCCAGGUGUUAGAAUGGCCAAGUCAAAGUCCAGACCUUAAUCCAAUCGAGAAUCUGUGGAAAGAACUUAAAACUGCUGUCCACAAAUGCUCUCCAUCCAACCUCACUGAGCUCGAGCUGUUUUGCAAGGAGGAAUGGGAAAAAAUUUCAGUCUCUCGAUGUGCAAAACUGAUAGACAUACCCCAAGCGACUUACAGCUGUAAUCGCAGCAAAAGGUGGCGCUACAAAGUAUUAACUUAAAGGGGCUGAAUAAUUUUGCACGCACAAUUUUUCAGUUUUUGAUUUGUUAAAAAAGUUUGAAAUAUCCAAUAAAUGUCGUUCCACUUCAUGAUUGUGUCCCACUUGUUGUUGAUUCUUCACAAAAAAAUACAGUUUUAUAUCUUUAUGUUUGAAGCCUGAAAUGUGGCAAAAGGUUGCAAAGUUCAAGGGGGCCGAAUACUUUCGCAAGGCACUGUAUUUAGAACGUAGGAAGAUACUGAGGUCAGUAAAUACAAAUGUGUCUCCAGAACCCUACUUUUUUUUUUUUUUUAGGUUUUCGCAAAUAAAGAGUUGAAGAAAAAGACCCCUACAAAAAAUCCCUUUAGAUUAUUUACAAACCCUGUCAUGAGGAGAAAUCAGGAAAGGGCAUCAGUGGGAGCGGGGCGGGAGAGUGAGGUGGGCAUUGUGGGAUUGUGCUCACAGGACAUAUGAUUUAAAAAAAAUUGUACAUAAAUAAAUAUUUCUCUUGUGUUCCACCCGUGUUACAACUGAACUUAACGACUUGAAUCGUGUUUUAGGCAUACUCCACAUUAGAUCAAUGUGCUGUGCAGUCAGUUUUGCAAAUGCGUAGUUUGGUUUAGUGUAGCAAAUCACCGUUUGGCUUGUUUAGGUAGUGACUGAAGAUUGACAUGAAUCAGAGACAGAGACGGGCACAAGCGUAUGAUAGUUCAGUUUGACCCUAGCUGUGCAUGGUACAGCAAAAAAGAAAAUAAUCAAUUGUAGAGUCACAUAGAGCCCCACAGUAGAGGUGUAAUAAUAAUACCCAUAAAACCUAGUGUUCAAACAGGGAAAUGGUUCCAAUCAUUUUUCCCAUAUGGGAUUUUAGAAAAACUUCAAAUAAGGACUGUGUUUUGAAGCUUACCCUGGCGUGACAUUUUUGAUAACCAUGUACAUCGCUCUUGGACAAGGUGACUUUUAUCAGUAUAUUAUGCUAUUUACUCUCAGAUUUGAAAAUGCUAAUUAACAUCAAAGUAGACAUCAUGCAAAACUACAAAUCCUUUCAAGCUCCUGCAGGUCAUCACUAGCUGAUACCUUUGCUAACAGGUAUUGUCCAUUUAGAACUUGUACAAGACAGUUAACAGAAUUGUUAAUUUAAAGAAAUGUAACCAAUUUAUUCAUUACUACAUUUAGCUAACAUUAGAUAGUUAAUUCAGAGAUUCUUACCUUUGCCUCGAUUCGGCAGGCUCGUCCAGAUCAUCAUGGCAUUUAUAGUUCUUUAUGAUAGCCACAUUAGCAGCUAAUUAGUGUUUAAUUUUUGGGGGCGAAUAUAUUAGUAAGUCACCUUGUCCUAGAGAGAUUUACACGGUUGUGAAAACGUCACGCCAGGGUAAGCCUUCAUGAAAUACAGCCCUCAUUUGAAAUGUUUCUAAAAUCCCCUAUGGGGAAAAUGAAUGGCAGAAUAACGAUUGGAACCAUUACUCUGUUUGACCGCUAGGGUUUAUGGAUAUUAUGACACGUAAAACAAUGGCAUCCUUCAGAACUUGUUGACCGAGAAAAAAAAAUAGAGUAGUUUCACUGGUGAGUAAGUUACUGAUGGCCCUAAUACAUGAUUUGAUCAUUUAAAAAAAUGCAGACUGUUUUUGUCUUUCAAUUAUUGUAGGCUUAGAAAACCCCAUCCGCUAUUACAAGUUGUAUUGAUUUUUGUAUUUUUUUUAAUGUUUUCUUGUUUCUUGUUAUCUGCACUUUCACGGAUUGUUGCCUCUUCUUUUUUUUUUCUUCUUUCUGUGCGCUGUUUUUGCUGAGUAGUACUCCCAGAAAGCAGUUUUAUUCCAUGAAUAUCAAGUCUCUACUGGAAGAUUCAAUAAAUAAAGUUGUUUCAUUACCUGUGGCCUUA